AACACUGUCCCUCCCUCCUCUUGGCCCCGGGCCUUCUCCUCCUCCUGUGGCUCCGGGGUCAGGGGUGACUGCGGGAGAGAGCCGGAGCCUGGAGUCCGGCACAGGACAGACCGGGCCGGGGAAGGAAGGAGUGAGUGAGUGGCAGAGGUAACCGGGCCCGGAGCCCGGCCGGCCGGACGGAGAGAUGUUCAGUAAACUGACGGCCCUGCUACAGCAGGCUGUGGACACGGAGGAAGAGCCCAUUCAGCUUCUCGACUCCUUCGUAAGCCACUGGAAAGGAAUCACCAACUAUUACAUUGUAACGACAGAUGAAACACUGCCUGUAAAACAGACGGACAUCCCCUGGCGCCUGAGGCAGAUGGUGGACAUUCUCGUUUAUGAGGAGAAGCAGAUGGAAAGAGGCGAGACGGGGCCGUGUAUGGAGUAUCUUUUACAGCACAAGAUAUUGGAGACUCUCUGCACACUGGCCAAGGCUGGGUAUCCCCCUGGCAUGAAACAACAAGUUCUGCUCCUCCUCACCAAAUUGUUGGGGCAGAUUCAGCAGCCAUUGCUCCCUCACAUCAAUGUGCACCGUCCUGUGCAGAAGUUAAUUCAUUUGUGUGGCGAGGGCCUUGGAUCCAAAAUGGAAAAGGAGGAAGUGCAGUUUCUUACCACGGUGUGUGCAAAACUCAGCCAAGAUCCCUACCUGAUCAACUUCUUCAUUGAGAAAAAGAAUUCUGCUGAUUCCAGAAAAUUGUUACCCUGCUCCUUUGAGAAGGGCGAAGGUCAGCCAAAGGAUGCUGUCAGGACAGGAACGCCACUGUCCAGCUUGGCCACAGGGAUUAGCCCAUCACACGCUGACCAGUCUCCUGUGACAAGCAUACCUUUCACUCCUGAUGGGAAAGAUGGUCAGCCUGACAAGAGCCUGAUUAAUGCCCUACUGACCCUGACUGCAAGUGAGAAAAAUCAAUUUGCAUUGAAGGCCUGUGAAGGCUUGCUCCUGUUGGCCACAUUACCAGAGGAGGGGACAGCACGGUACAUGGUGGAAAGCACAAUGCUGCGUCAGACACUGGCAGACAAGCUGUCAGACCUUUACAGGCAGAUACCGGACACUGUUGACCCUGGACAAGUUGAAUUGCUGGGAAGAGUUAACUGGCGGUCACAUUAUGCUGCCAGUAAUGUAGAAGAUGCAGAGUCAUUUCCAGGCAAAGGAGCUGUGACGUUUUUCUUCUCGUGGCUGGACUACUGUAAUCAACUGGUGAAGGAAGCCCAUGAGGUAACUGCUGCUGCUGUGGCCCAGGAAAUCAGGAAACGUUUCUUUGUCACAGUCUUGGAGCCACAACUAUUGCAGGUGUCUGAGAUGGGGAUUCUCUUGUCCACUGCACUGCUUAUGGGGAUCGUGACUCAUACCACAUCGCCCCGGUUGCUGGAUGAACUUGUUUUCUUUUUGCUGGGAGAUCAGAGAGAGGCAGAGAUGCCCACACAACCAGCCUGCCACAAGCUGCGUUCCCUGCUGAUCGAACGCUGCAACCAUCUAUCCGAUGAGAUCAGUAUAGCCACACUGAGAUUCUUCGAACAGCUCUUACAGAAACCUCAGGAACAUAUAAUUUAUAACCUCGUGCUACGGAACCUGAUAGGCCGCUGCUACAUUGGAACCAAUACUGGACACGAGGAAAGAGCUGCAGAGAAUGAACAGCUGGAUGAGACAGAAGAAUUUGAAGAAGAUCCUUUCUUCACUGACAUAUACACAGGCAGCAGAUUCCCUGCAUCUGACUGGCUUGUUGCACCAGCAGCAAUGCAAAAGACAACAAAGGCUGAUGGGAAACCAGAGGUUAACAGAAUAGUCAACAGCUUUUUGUGUCUCGUUCCUGAUACAGUGAAAACUUCUCACCUUGUGGCAGGCUGUGGAUACGACACGUACCUCGUGGAUGCACAUCGAAUGUUCCAGGGUUGCUGUGUCAAUGCCAAGGAGUGGAAGUGGCCACUUUUCCCCAGCAAUUUGGAAAGCUGUGACCCAGGCGGGAUAUUUUACGAAGGUGAUUUCCUGAAAGUCCUGUUUGACAGAAUGGCACAGAUCUUGCAUCAGCCUUACGACCUGAAUUUGCAAGUCACAUCUGUGAUAUCGAAAGUAGCACUUUUCCCUCAUCCUCACCUCCAUGAGUAUUUGCUGGAUCCAUACAUUAACCUUGCCCCUAGCUGCAGAUCUCUCUUCUCUAUCAUUGUCCGAGUAAUCGGAGAUCUCAUGCAGAAAAUCCAGAGAGUCCCACAGUUUCCCUCCAAGCUACUGCUAGUCCGAAGACAACUGAUGGGAUUGGAACCAGAAAAUGUGGUGGAUCACACCACAAUUCUGAAGGGUGUCAUUGUCCUGGAGGAGUUCUGUAAGGAGUUAGCUGCAAUUUCAUUUGUUAAGUACCCAUCUGAACCAGAUUAAGACUGGCUACCUAGCUCUUUCUGCCUAUUACUGAAGAGAUCAUUGAAAUGGAACUGGACACAUUUCCAGAAAACAGACUGACAAUACAUCUCUCUUCUAUUUAAUCUUUUUAAGUUCAGCUGUGUGUGAUCAUCUGCUGGUGAAUUUAUAACACGAUUUUCUCAUCUUCUUCGGAAUCCCACCUUUAACUUGAACUAGGGGAUUACCUGUUCCUCCUGCCAGCAGGAUCCAAUUCAGAUACGGACUCCUGUUAACAGGACAAGUCACUCUUCGAACCCAAGUGGUACCUCUGAUCACACUUCCCUUCUCUCCCUGUCACCUCCAGCCAUGCACCAUUUCUGCUUCUCACUUGACCGUGACUCAGGAUACGUGAGGUACAAGAUUUUGUUGUUGUUGCUUCCAAAUAUUUAAUGGGGUGAAAUACUUUGACAUUUCUAAGGUUAACACGGCUGUGCAACUCUCAGUUGUAAAUAUGUCUGAUGAUGAGCGAAUCACAUGAAUAUACCUUGGCGUUUUGAUGUCUUGUUGUUUAUUGAUAGACUCAAACAAGGAGGUAAAAGUGGAUGUGUUUUAAAAUGAGCUGCUUGAUGUGUAGAAAAUGAUCCUUGUGUUAGAGGGGCGAUGUGGGGAAUGGUGUAAGCUUGUAGAGUCUGUCAGUGACAAUGCAAUAAAAAUGUUAUUUUGUGAUUAAAAUACAAGAGAUU